AUCAUUUGCCUGAUAAACGUCAAAUUUCGUUUAUCGCAAUCUCAAAGCAGAGCGCAGUGUUUUGGUUUUCCCUUGCAGGAAUGUUUUCUUGCAAAAGGGAAAAUUGAGCCUUAAAUUCAGAGAAAAUCCGUCGCGAAAAUGGUUAUCUAUGGAGUUUAUAUAGUGAGUAAAUCGGGUGGGUUGAUAUUCAACCUGGAUCACAAUGUGCCCAAGAUAGAAACGGAGCGAACCUUCAGCUACCCGCUGGAAAUUAAUUUGGAGUACGAACCGAAGAAGGUGUCGGUUGUUUUUGGACAGAAGGAUGGAAUAAAUGUUGGUCACGUGCUGGUUAGCGUGAACGGCAUCCUUGCCAACGGUUCUGUGCUGGAAGAUGGUCGCGAAAUCAAAGAUAUAAUCGAGAGCAAAGAAAAUUAUCCGUUGACGCUUAAAUUCAGCCGCCCAAAGAUGACCACCAACGAGAAGAUCUUCUUGGCCAGUAUGUUCUAUCCGUUGUUCGCCAUCGCCAGUCAACUGAGCCCGGAACCGAAAAGCAGUGGAAUCGAAGUGUUGGAAGCAGACACGUUCCGGCUGCAUUGCUUUCAAACCUUAACGGGCGUUAAGUUUAUGGUCGUUGCUGAAAGUCUCCAACUGGGGAUGGAUGUCCUGCUGAAGAGAAUCUACGAACUGUACGCGGAUUUUGUGCUGAAAAAUCCAUUCUAUUCGCUGGAAAUGCCCAUAAGGUGUGAGUUGUUCGAUACGAACCUACAGGCGCUGUUGGAACAGGUGGAAAAAGGUGGUAUUGCUAGUAUUUGAAUCUAAUAAAUGUAAACGUGUGACGAAAA